AGCAGAAUUUAUUGGCUUACGGCAAGAACUAUAAGAGAUGGAGUCUUAUACAACCAUGGAUCUUGAUUUCUACUGGACUAUGUCAAUCCCCCACGGGGUUCUGGGCUCUUUCCCAGAUUUCUCCUUGUCAACCCCUCGACUGCUCACAAUCGACUUCUCAACUUCAUCUUCAAGCGCCUCAAGCUACUUCAAAUACCUCGAAAUUCGACUCUCAGCAAGCGAAAACACACCUCAUUACGCUAUAAUCCUACGAGACUUGCAGAAAGCAGCCUCGCUUUACUCUAUAUUAACCGCCAACCGUCAUAUCUACCUACUCAUCGUGGAAACCGUACACAUGGCUAGCAACACCAUGCCGUCUACCUGUCCGUCUAUGGCCACUAGACCAAGAACAACUCGUCCUUCCGGCUCCUAUAUCACCUGGAGCGAUGUCAUCCGCUCUAAUCGAUCUCCAUCUUCGGUCAUUAGACGCCUUCGAACCCAUCCUCUGCGUCUACAGCAUGGUGCAAUCCGCCGUUCCGUUCCCAAACCCAUUACGCUCUAUUCAGCCUGCCCUCCGACACAAAGUAUUAUUGGAACUGGCUCGAUCUCGACUUGCCGCAAGCACGAUAGUGCACGCAACCACCACGUCUCCGAAACCCGUGACUCUGACGCACCUUAUUUCUCUGAUAUAUCUCCCUUCUCUAACUGCUCCCCUAACACCUCAUCCCCUGACAACACCACCACCACCACCACCACUACACCCUCCUCUGACAUCUUCUCCACUAACAUCCACUCACCCUCUGAUACUUGCCCCUCUGACAUCACCUCUCCUGAUGUUCCCUCUUCUGUAACCCCCUUCUCCUCUGACACCUCCACGGAAUGUAACUGCGGCUCAAUCAUAUUCGACGCCUUGAACAACAGUCUUGGGGGUACCCCCUCCAUUACCAAGGCCCUUGAAACCGUCCGCCUGUACGGCGGCUGCGGCGGACUAAAGCGUAUCAUCGACCCCAUCGAACAGUUGAGCCUCUGCAAGACAUGCACCAAGGAGGAAUCCCUCCAAGAUUUCUUGCACCUGGUCUGCAACGGAGUCAUUCGGCAAUACCGGCAUUUCUACUACGCACUCAAGGAGCACUACGAAACAGUCGACUACCGGCUUGGCUUACGCUCCAGCCAUGAAAGAGAGCAGCACGACUGUACUUUCGUGCUUUAUGCCGUUCAAAUCGUGCGCAUAAUUGCCAGCGUCGACCGACUCAAUCGCAUUCUUCCCGAACAGCCGCUCUACGACGAAGAUGCCUGGUAUGCCCUAGCCAACCAGGGCGAGCAACUGGUCGACGCCACCGGCCGACUCCGAGAGCAGGUGGUCUUGGGUGACGGCUGAGGGAAG